AGCCGGGCGCGGCGAAGCACGUGCCUUUGAAUCGAAACAGUGGUGGGGAGAGAAUCCGUGAUCGACGAAGGCAAGAGCGAGAGGGAGGGUUGAAAACGGAAAGAAAACGCGUUUAAAGUAAAACAAGAAACGUGAGGCCGGCAAGGAACGAGAAGUGAGACGCGUAUACGAGAAUGGGCGAGCGAAGGGCGAGGUAAGAAGCGGAGAGAGAGAGAGAGAGAGAGAGAGAGGGCCAGUGAAAGUAUAAGCGCGAUGCAGAGGGCACAAGGUUCGGAGUGGAGGAGCAUGCGCGGGUGGGAGUGGCACCUUAUUCGUCGUGCAGCUCCCGCCAAGGCUUUCUGUCAACUACGAACUCUCGUACCGAAAAGAUACACCACCGGCCGACUGUCAACGCGUAUCGCGAUGCGCACGAUCGACACUGUGAAAUCAUCAAAUUCCGCGGUGAAAUCAUUCCCUAGUUAACAAUGUGACACGAGAUUUACAUCACGUACCUUGUUUUUCACGCUUUAUUUCCCUUUGUGUACACAUUGGAUAAUAAUGAUUCUUCAGUGAGUGGUCUCUCUUUUUCUCUCUCCAUUUCUCUCUCUCCUUCUCUCUCCGUUUAUUACCAUCGACGGCAAUUGGAGCGUUAAUUUGUCGUGUGUAAUUACGUGGUGAUUGAGGGAUAUCGAUUUGGUCAUCGAGGAAUAGGAUAAUUACACUGGUUUUAGGAGAUCAAAAGUGAUUGGAUGUGUGCAUGUGUGAAGUAAGGAUAGCGGUGCGUUGAUGCAGUGAUGCCGAUCGAUAAUAAUCGAUCGAGAUUUGGAGAAAGGGGGCAGCAGCGACAAUUAACUUCGUAGACAGUGUCACGUGGUUGUGCGAGCUAAGUGACACGUGACUAUGUCGCGUUCGAAUGCGAAGUUUUGAAGAUUAUUAUCUGCAAGUUGUUACGAGUUUGUGUUUUUUUAUGAUAUCGUUAAAUAGUGCGACGGAAGAUUCAGGAAAAUAAUACGUAGUAAUAGUGUAUCGCAUAAGAGCAAAGCAAGGAGCAAACGAAGAUGCGACAGGAAUUCAGCAUCGAUGCUGAAUAUUGUGUCUUUGAGGAAAGAUACUACCGCUGGGUGGAUAAUUAAUCUGGAUACUAAUUAGUCGUGAGCCAAAGAGACAAAUGCGGACGGCUUACUGGUUCAACGAAUUUGCUGAUUAAACUCGCCAUCGGACGAGCGACUAGUAUCCGGAUGAAAGGGCAGGUUAAUGAGACCGGGGAGACGCCUCGAAAGCUUCUCGUAAGAACACGAUACUGGAGGAACGGGCUCCGCGGUCCGAAAGUGCAGAGAAAAUUGGCAAUUUCCAUCGAGAGAAGAUAAGAAAAAGGAUGUGGGUCACUUAAAAUAUAACAAGCUUUUUUUUUUUUUUAUCUAGCUUCUGUCGAGUGAUCCACCAGCGUCUUCACGAGUUGUAUUCGGUUGGGAAGAAUAUUCGAUCAUUUUCACGAAUUUUCGUUUCGAUCAAGAUUAUUUAUGUGUAUUGGAAACAACAAAAUUUUAAAAUAUUUUAGUUUUUAAUAGGUGAACUAUUUUUUUUAUUUCUAGAAAAUUAAUAAUAAAUAAUAAUGAGGUGAUAAAAGUUUUAAGCACACCUUCCUCCAUUAAAUUGGAUUUAUCGAAGACAUAUUAAUACAUCUUACACUGUAAAGAUUUAAGAGAUGAUAUUGGAAAAGAACUAUUGUCCAAUUUCUGAAAAUUUUAAGAAGAUUAAUAAAUCCCAUUGCGUAAAGACGUAAAAAAGAUGAUCGAAAAGACAUUUUCGUUCGUGCCAGAUCGAGAAGAUGUAUAAAUGAAAUAUCAAUCUUGGGAUUAUUACACUUUCCCAACUUUUUAAUGAAAGAAUCAUUCGUUUCAACGUUCCGCAAAACUUCAUCGUCGAGAAAAUUUCGAGUAUCUUAUUCCUUGGAUCUUUGGACUAGAAUCAAACUGUCCAAAGUAAAGAACGAAAGAAAGAGUUCGUUCGAGAAAGAAAGUUCGAGAAACGAUCUCCAGCAUUUCGUCACCUUGAUCCAAACGAUCUCAGCGGUCCCCGCCCAUUGAAAACGUUCAAGCCACACGGAGGAAUUGAUCGAGGAAUCCCGAGCAAAAUUCUUUCGUAUUUCUCUUAACCACCAGAGAACCAGUAGGCGGGGAAAUAAAAGGAAAGGGGCCGUAAUUUAGAAAGGUGGAGACUCGCCAAGUUGAGUUGAAAGACGUCCCCUAUCGAGGUUAUCCAAGUGUCUUCCCAAUUCUUCGGAUUAACAGUCGCAAGGGUGCAAAUUACACGAGGAGUGAGCGAUUUCCUCGAGGGACGAUCGGUCUACGCCCGAGAGACAUUUCUCAGAUGUCGAGCGAACGAUGAAGCACUCGAGGCGAGCGAGUGGCUCGAGUGCCACUUCGAUCGCAAACGAUUCGUGUUCCAGGUGCGAGGGAAAGUGUCCGACGAAAAUGCGGCUCGCGCUACUGCUGCUCUUCUCUUUGUUCGGGACAGGCUCGUCCAUCCAUCUCCUCAGGAUAGACGUGCCGACCAUAGCCGAUCCGAGGUGGGAAAAAGUGGCGCUCAGAUGCGAGUACGAUCUGGACGGCGAGGAAUUGUACUCCGUGAAGUGGUACAAGGAUGGCGCGGAGUUCUUCAGGUUUAUGCCCGACUCGAAGCCGCCUGGUCGUGAUUUCCAGCUGGAAGGGGUGUACGUGGACGUGAACAAGAGCGAUAGCAAACAAGUAACGCUGUUGGGACAGGCGAACAAUCGGAGAGUGAAGGUGAACCUUGUUGGGUUGUACGGGUGUGAGGUGUCCUCGGAGGGGCCGAAUUUCCUCACGAUCUUCGGCGAGGCGAACAUGAGCUUGGCGAUCCCCCCCAAGGAACGACCCACCCUCCGUGGCCUUCGACCCUCUUACGAGGCGGGCGAGACGCUCGAAGUGGAAUGCAGCUCGGCGGCCAGCUACCCUCCGGCCCGGCUCGUCUUCAUCCUCAACGGGAAAGAGGUGAACAAAGGGUUGAUCAGAGAAUUGCCAAGCACGAGCCCGACGGAGGACAGCCUCGUGUCCUCGACUCGUCUCGGCCUCACUCUUCGAUUGGAACGGCACCAUUUCCCCGGAGGGACUUUAACUAUCACCUGUCAAUCCACGUUGCCGAGGAUCAGGGGCGACAGGGCGCUCGAGAGGGUGGAAACCGCGACACUGGCCGCGAGCAAUCAACGACUGGCGCAGGAACCGCCUAGAUCCGGUUCCACGAUCGACGCCCAACCCGUUUCGAUCUCGAUCUGCUGUUUAUUAGCGAUCUUAUCAUCGUUCAAUCACGGUAUCUUGCCACUUUUGCAUGUUUAACGAAUUGCAGACGAUCAGCCUCGAUGUCGGGAUUGUCAUUUCGCCGGGUCGUAUCGCUGCUUGUCGAAUGAUGCGAGGAUAAAGAAAAAGGGUGAAAGGACUUGGUGAAAAGGGAAAGACGAAUUUCAAGGGGGAAUUAUUUUCGUAUAUGAAUUGUAAUUAUUUUAAGAAUGAUAUUUGUGAUAUUUAUGCGCGUGUUCUUGCCUCUCCGCCUUAGUGAUAAAAAAUUAAAUAAAUAAAUAAAUAUAUAUAUAUAAAUAUAUACAUAGGUUGUGUACAAUUAAUAAAAAUCUGAAAAUCUAGAAGUACUCAUUUUGCAUGAAAAUAAAGAUUCAUUACGAUAUCGUUAUUCUGGAGAGGAUAGAGAGGCAAGAAUGUGAUAUAUAUAUAUAUAUAUAAAUAUGUAUAAUUUUAAUAUUUUUAAAUAAUAACGAAAAUAUCGAAUGUAAUUAAUAUAAAAAGAUAAUAUCCCCUUUCCACUAAGCCCUUCAAUUAUCGAAUACAGCGAACCGUUCGAUUUAAUCUUAAAUCCAGGGAUAAAUUUCUUUUUUCUUUUUUAAUUUUGCCGCUGUAAAUUGCUCACAUCGGAUAUUCUUAUUGAUAUUUCAUAUAUAAUUUGCACCUCUUCGCAUAUAUAAUCAUAUAUAUAAUCAGUUCGAAAAGAACAAAGCGUUUCAUUUCAUACUUUACUACUUUAACAUUCCAUUUUUUAUAUAUCCAUCAAAAGAAAACUUUCGUCAAUUCGUAUUUCGUAGCUAUUUUAAACGAAUAUGCUGCCGUGUGAUCAGUCUCAAAAAAAAAAAAGGAAUUUCUUUUUUUUCUAAAUUCUUCACUGCCAUUGUGGAAAUUCCUUUGCUCGUACAGAAGACACGUUCAUUGAAUCGUCGAUGAUACACGCGUGGACGUGUAAAUAAAAAAAAAAUAAAUAAAUAAAAGUACGUGAUUUAUAUAAAAAUAUAAAUUAUAAGAUGUAUCGAUGAUUAUGAAUGGUCGCUCGAUGAGGAUAAAGAGAAGAGAGACGCUGAUAGCAAUAUAAAUAAUUUAAAAAUCGAUAAAGAACAAAAAAGAAAAGCGAGUCGUUGAAGCGAUACUUGUACAUAGUGUAUGAUUGUGAAUUUAGAUUUACGGUGUGUAAUUAAAGGGAGGAAGGAUUAAAAUAAAGGGGGUGGGGUAAAAGGGGAUAAAACACGGUGAAAGUAGGGGGUGGGGAAAAAAUUCAUUGUUGGAAAGUUGUUUGGGAUUGAUGGGUGAGAUCGCGAUCAAUAUAUGAUUAUGCGGUCGCGAUAGUUUUACGAAUAUACGUGUGUAUAUUAAAAAAAAAAAAAAAGAAAAAAAGAAAAAAAUGGUCGAGAGGGUUGAUUGGAAUUUUGAAGAGACGAAAGGCAUAAAUUUGAAUCGAUGGGGCGAGGAAGUGAUUCAUAUUUAUGAAUUCGUUCGGGAUAAUUUAAGUUUUUUUUUUCUUCUUUUUUUUGUUCGUUUUUUUUCUUUUUCCUCCUCGUGGUCUCACGAGAUCUUUUUUUGGUGGCGUACAAGAAUUUAUACAUAUAUACAUAUAUAAAUAUAUAUAUAUAUAUAUACAUACACGUAUAUGUAUACACGAAUGAUUCGUCAUAUUUACGUUUUAUUGUAAUUUUACAUGAUCCAUAUCUGAUCGUUACGACACAUUUCAAACAAUAAAGAGAAACGUCAGGCAUAA